UUGACCGUCACAUUCAGGGCGCUGAACUGAAGUUCGCUGAUUUGGCAUCUUGAGUGCAAACAACAUGGAGCAGAGCACAUUGGACAACGACAAUACUGAUGAGUACUUUUCGGAUAUUAUUGAGAUGGACCUGGACGGAUCUUGUAGCUCCAGCACCUUGUCUGGGCGUCCGCCAAAGAAAAAGAAAAAGACCGACAUUUCGUGGCUGGCAGAGAUCGCCCAGGAGCGUCUCGAACAACAGAAGGACCACCACAGAAAGAAGGAGGAGCACGACGUUAGGCAGGAGAAGAUGGUGCAGGACUUGAUCAGCACCCAAACAAAAUUCCAGAACGACUUAUUAGAAGUUUUAAAAAAUAAAAAUAAAUAAGUUUUUAAUUUUCA